AUGCCGUCCACACCAGAAAUUGUCGCUGGGACGAGCUCGACAAUACUCAGGCUUGCUGCCUUCGUCUUUCUACGAUGGAUCCCCGGCUGGCCCUGGCCUCCGACCGUAUUGACGGCGCUGGCGAUAUAUUUGAGCACUGUCUUCGGUUGGUCCGAAGCAUUCGGCUCGAGCAAGCCGACGCUGCAUGAAGCAUUUCCCAAGCUGUUUCCGCAUCCCGACGAGGACGAGAACAAGGAACGUGAUGAGAAGGAGGCGCCGAUCAUACACGACCAUCACGAGCCUGCAUUGUAUGAGGACGAGAAGGCUCUAUUCAAGACGCUCCUGUUCGGGAUACCCAACUGGCGGGACCCGGGAAAGAGUUUCCUGACAAUUGCGGCCAAUGUCCUGCUUGCCUUAUUCACCUUGGAUCUAGUCUUCCGGGGCCCUCUCCUUCACGCGGAGAAGGACUUGAGCUUCGUGCGAGUCGGAUAUGUCGAUACAACGUCUGCAAAAGUGCUGAUCAGGGAGCCGGACCCAGCCCAAUUCCCUAUAUACGUCUACCUGUCCCCAGCCGACAGGACGCAAUGGAAGACCACCGACACGAUAUAUUGGAUGGGCUCGGACACGGAUUACACUUAUGCGCUUACCUUUGACGGUCUCCGGCCUGCAAGGAAGUAUAUCUAUUCGCUUUCCAAUGACAAGUCCGGGACGUUUACCACCGCGCCAGCACCGUACUCGGACGCAGCGAACAGCUUGACCUUCCUCACCUCGUCGUGCAUCAAGGCCAAUUUCCCGUACCGUGCCAACGCGCACUCGCUGGCAAUCCACGGCUUCAGCUAUCUGUCGAGGGUCGCCAGGUCCUUACCGUCUCCGGCCUCGUUCAUGCUCUUCCUGGGCGACUUUAUCUACGUGGACGUGCCGAUCCGGCUGUCCUACUCGGUGGCACAUUAUCGGGCAGAAUACCGCCGCGUGUAUGCUUCCCCCUCGUGGUCCCUGCCAGGGCUCGACAAUUUGCCCUGGAUCCACACUCUCGACGACCAUGAGAUCGCAAACGACUGGUCCGCCGGGAACGAGACCGAACCCUUCCCUGCCGCCUCAGACCCCUUCAUCCACUACCAUGUCUCUGUCAAUCCACCCGUCCCGCCCGGAGCGCCCGUCGGCCCCGACAGCAACACGACGUACUUUCAAUUCUCGCACGGCCCGGCCUCGUUCUUCAUGCUCGACACCCGCCGGUACCGUACCGAGCCCGAACCAAAAACGACCCAUUUCCCGCCCGAAAUUGCAAUCCCUGGUUCACCUUCGGAUUCAUUCAACUCCAACGCUCACAGCAUGCUCGGCGCUCAACAGCUCUCCGCUUUACUGUCUUACCUCGCCACCCCCGAGCCAGCGCACAUACACUGGAAAAUCAUCGCCAGCUCCGUCCCCUUCACCAAGAACUGGCGCUUCGGCACCUCCGACACAUGGGGCGGCUUCCUCGCCGAACGCGCACGCAUCCUCCAAGCCAUGCACGACGCCGAGCGCGAACUCGGCAUCCGCGUGAUCAUCCUUUCUGGGGACAGACACGAAUUCGCAGCGAUAAGGUACCCCCCGCCGGUGAUUGCGGCUGCGCCAAUCUCUGCUGCCACAACCGAAGCCACGGAAGCCAGCGAUACAUCUGUCCCCAUCCAGCGCGACCAGACCGCCAGUGCAGGACCGCACGAAUUCUCAUGCGGCCCGCUUUCGAUGUUCUACCUCCCCUUCCGCACGUUCCGGCAGGUCGACGACGAGGACGUGCCCAUCACGUACAUCCCCGACGGGAACAGUAAAGUCGGGGUGGUCGAGAUCCGGAACCUCAGGCGCGAGGCGCAAGGCGCGGGACCGCAAAGUCUCUUGAAGUAUAGUCUCUAUGUCGAUGGCCGGCUCACGUGGGAGUAUGCGCUUAGUAGUCCAAGUCCGAGCGCGGGUGUGGGUGCGGCGGGAUCGAACAAUAAUCGCAAUCGUCGCUCCCAGGCGCAGGCACAAGCACAGGGGUGGAGAGGGUGGGCUCAGGGGAUCGCAACUGGCUUACCGCUGCGCGGCUCCGGAUCGUCGCGGUCGUUGUGGGAAUAG